CUAUUAAACAGCGCGUGCCUACGCGACAGCUCCACGCGACUAUUAUUUUAUCAAGGCAAACAGACAUGUUCCUACGCAUACCUAGAUAGCUGCCACCGCGUCCUAUAAUUUAUUUCCAGCCAGUCGGGUCUGUUGGGGAUACAGUAAACCAUCACUAUGUCGGCUGGAGGCAACAUCAAGGUCGUUGUGCGGGUGAGGCCGUUCAACAACAGAGAAAUCGACAGAGGCGCAAAAUGUAUCGUUCAGAUGCAAGGCAACCAGACGGUGCUCACCCCUCCGAAAGACAUCGACCCGAAGUCCAAAACUGCAAAGGCGGCGCUUGAGGGCACAAAAACAUUUGCCUUCGACAAGUCAUACUGGUCGUUCAACAAAAAUGACGAGCACUUUGCCGGUCAGGAAGAUCUCUUCAGAGACUUAGGCAAACCGCUUCUUGACAAUGCCUUUCAAGGUUACAACAAUUGUAUAUUUGCGUACGGCCAGACGGGCUCCGGAAAGUCAUACUCGAUGAUGGGUUAUGGCCAGGAGUACGGCGUCAUCCCGCGAAUCUGUAAGAAUAUGUUCGAGAGGAUCGAAGAGAUGGGCAAUGACAAGAACCUGACGUGCACGGUCGAGGUUUCCUACCUAGAGAUUUACAAUGAGCGUGUGAGAGAUCUGCUAAAUCCGGCAACAAAGGGCAAUCUCAGAGUGAGAGAACAUCCAUCAACAGGCCCUUACGUGGAAGACCUGGCAAAGCUAGCCGUGCGCUCGUUCGCAGAUAUUGAGAACCUCAUGGACGAGGGUAACAAGGCCAGAACUGUUGCGGCGACCAAUAUGAAUGAGACGAGCUCGCGUUCACAUGCCGUGUUCACGCUUGUGCUCACCCAGAAAAGGCACGAUGUGGAAACGAACAUGGACACGGAAAAGGUCGCUAAGAUCAGUCUGGUUGAUCUGGCUGGCUCAGAGAGAGCUACUUCUACCGGCGCCACCGGUGCUCGUUUGAAAGAAGGUGCCGAAAUCAACAGAUCACUUUCCACGUUGGGCCGAGUUAUCGCGGCUCUCGCAGAUUUAUCGUCAGGCAAAGGCCACGGCAAAAAAAUCCAAGUGCCGUACCGAGAUUCUGUUCUUACAUGGUUACUGAAAGACUCGCUGGGAGGGAACAGUUUGACGGCUAUGAUUGCAGCCAUCUCACCUGCAGACAUCAAUUUCGAAGAAACCUUAUCCACGCUGCGAUACGCCGAUUCCGCAAAACGUAUCAAGAAUCAUGCUGUCAUAAACGAAGAUCCAAACGCUCGCAUGAUUAGAGAGCUGAAAGAGGAGCUCGCACAGUUGCGCGCAAAACUAAGUGGUGGGGGUGGUGGUGUUUCCAUGCCAAUGGAGGAGCAAUAUGCUCCGGAUACACCCCUGGAACAGCAGAUCGUUUCCAUUACCCAGGCGGAUGGUACCGUUAAGAAAGUAUCCAAAGCCGAGAUUGUAGAGCAACUCAACCAAUCCGAAAAACUGUACAAGGAAAUCAAUCAAACCUGGGAAGAGAAGCUCGCACAGACUGAGAAGAUUCACAAGGAGCGAGAGGCAGCGCUUGAAGAGCUUGGUAUUAGUAUUGAAAAAGGCUUCAUCGGUGUGUCAACACCGAAAAAAAUGCCUCAUCUUGUGAAUUUGAGCGAUGAUCCGCUGUUGGCUGAGUGCUUAGUGUACAAUAUCAAGCCGGGAACGACUACAGUGGGCAAUGUCGAUUUGUCGACAAAUGCCGAAAUUCGGCUCAAUGGCUCGAAAAUUCUCAAAGAACACUGCGCAUUUGAGAAUGUGGACGAUGUGGUUACCGUAGUACCAAGAGAGGGUGCUGCAGUCAUGGUUAAUGGUGUGCGACUGGAGAAACCCAAGCGGCUGCGCAGCGGCUAUCGCAUAAUCUUGGGGGAUUUCCACAUUUUCCGCUUUAAUCAUCCGCAGGAGGCGCGACAAGAGAAAGCUCACGAGGGCAGUUUGUUGCGACACUCAAUACUAGCAAGUGAUUUGGAAUCGCCAUCACCGCGACCAGGUCAUGAGAGAACGAUAAGCAUAAUGAGUCGACCAGACUCUGAAUACGACUUCAGCAGCCCCUCACGAAUAAACUCCCCGACUCCAAGAGUCAAUCGGGACAACGAGUGGUCGUUCGCAAGGAGAGAAGCCGUUAGCUCCCUACUAGGAUCUGAUCAAAGGGUCGCAAAUUUGACAGAUGAAGACCUUGAAGCCCUUUUCGACGAUCUGCAAAAGGUUCGUGCAGAUCGCAGAGCGAAGGCACAGAGCCGAUUGAUCGACGCAGAAGAAGAUAGUGAUUCGGUGCAGUCAUUCCCCGUGCGCGACAAAUACGCCUCGAAUGGCACCAUUGAUAACUUCUCUCUGGAUACCGUACUGACCAUACCAUCUACUCCGCAGGCUGGAGACGAGGAUAAUAACAUCCGUAGCACUCGAGAGACAAUGCAAUCUCAACUUGACAAGCAGAAAGAGGCAUAUCAAGAGAAAUUAAAGUCAGCUGAAGAGGCGCAUGUCGCAAUAGAGGAGAUCAAGGCUGAGAAAUUGCAGAUGGAAGAAAACUUGAAGCAGCUCAAGAGCGAGAUGGAGAGGCAACUCGAGGAGCAGAAGGCGGAACUUCGUAAACAGAAGGAAGAGUACGAACGACAACUUCAGGAAUUGAGGCCCACGCCCUCGGGUGCAGGGUCUAGUUCUGAUAACGAUGUGGAAGACUUGGUGAAAUUGACACCAGGGCAACUCGAACUAGCACGAACUGUGAUUGAACGGUGGCAACAACGCCGCUACGUUUCCAUGGCCGAGCAAGUCCUCCAAAAUGCGGCACUCCUCAAAGAAGCCCAAAUCAUGAGCCAACACCUUGAUAAACAUGUGGUAUUUCAAUUCUGCAUAGUCGAUGUUGGACACACCCUGGCAUCUAUGUAUGACAUGGUUCUUACAGACACUGGCAACGAGGAUGAUGAAGACCUUGAUAUGGCCCCGAAACCUUGUGUUGGAGUACGUGUCAUUGACUUCAAGCAUAAUGUCAUUUUCCUCUGGUCAUUAAAGAAACUUCGGAAACGAGUACGACAGAUGCGACAAGUUCAUCAAUAUCUCAAUUCACCACAGUAUGCGCAGCAUUUCAACCUAGGAAAUCCGUUCGCCGAAGCGUGUUUACCUCAGUAUUCGCGCAUAGGCGACGUUGAUGUUCCGCUGGCUGCUGUCUUCGAAGCUAGAGUCCAAGAUUUUGCUCUUGAUGUCAUGAAUCCCUUCACGUCAAACGUGAUUGGGAUAGUCAAAUUGUCAUUAGAACCAAGUUUCGCCGAAGCGCCAGAGUCAACCCUGAAAUUCAACGUCGUAAUGCAUGAAUUCGUCGGUUUUCCUGAAAGAGAAGGAUCAGAAGUUCACGCACAACUUUUUAUACCUGGCAUAUCAGAUGAAGAAGGUGGCGUUACCACCACAGCUUUGGGCGUGGAUUUCGACGAGGGCCCUGUGCGGUUCGAAAGUGUUCAUAGCAUGAGCUUACCUAUGGAUAGCCCACGAAAUGCCGCCUUGCGGAUAUCCAUCUUUGCAAGAGUCACUUCUAUGCAUCUUGACAAGCUGCUCAGCUGGGACGACAUGCGCGACUCUGCUCCACGAGUACGACAGAAAAAGAAGAAAUCUUCCAGGAUAUCGGAAUCUGAGUAUUUCAGUGAAGAAAAGCACGACAUAUUCACACGUCUUCAACUUCAGGAGAUAUCGGAAUUUGGUGAAUAUGAGCCUGUGGAAGUUGUGCAGAAAAGUGCCUUGGAUCCGGGGGUUUUUCAGCUGCAUCAAGGUUUGCAACGACGCAUCGUGAUAAGCAUGACACACAGCUCAGCACAUUCACUACAAUGGCAGGAUGUAACCAACUUGCGAGUGAGCCGUGUAAGCCUCGUUGAUUCAGAUGGAAAAGCUUCAGAUUUGGAUACACCGCAACCUGAGGUUCCGCUCAAAUUGGUUGGCCCAGUCACCGUCCAGGAUAAUGCUGACGGAACUUCCGAUGUAUGCGCGAUUUGUCAAUGGGAUUCAAGUAUGCACGGUUCGCCGUUGCUCGACCGUGCAACUUCUGACAGGCACCGCAUUAAGAUAACAUUACUCUGGAAUGUAGUCUGUGGGAAGCUUACAUCGCCGAUGAAUUUUGCUAUGGAUCUUGCUGUUCAGAUCAGACCAAGGUCAUACAUACGGCAAGCAGGUGUUUUGUCGCAACUUUGGAAUCCUGUUCGAGUAGUUCACUCUACAGUGGGUAUGUUUGCUGUUGCGAUUCGACCUGUCUCGGCAAAGCGCGCUGCGGAUCUUUGGCGCAUGGACAGCAAGAACGACUAUGUGAAGGGAGAAGAGUCGUUGUCUGGGUGGACACCACGUGGCGUCUCUCUAAUACAGGACUACAUUCAAGCGCGCAAGCAAAAGCGCAAAGUUUCUGAGGUUGAAACUGCGAAGAGCAUACUAGGUAUGCGAGCUCUGGCCAUUACAACUAUCAACGGUGCCUCGACAGAGGAAGAUCAAUCAAGCACGCAGCUCAACGACAACCAAGUAGCCCUGCUCCAGAAAGUGCUAAGACUCUGGACCACUAAAAAAGGGAUCGAGGAAGCCCUACUCUCCUCUGCAAAUACUUCACCGCCAAGAAAAGGCGCCGCGUUCGCUAAUACCGGGUCCUCUCCAAACACAUCACCACGCAAAGCACGUCGAAUAAAGCCAACCCUCACGGCUUCCGUUCGUUUCAUCCCCAAAAAUCCGUCACUCAUGAAGGGAGGCUACCUGCUUACUCCAGACCCUUCACAGACAAAAUGGACACGGAGAUAUGUGGAGCUACGAAAACCGUAUUUACAUAUCUACUCCGUGCCGGAAGGUGACGAACUCAACGCUAUAAAUCUCACACACGCAAGGAUCGAUCAUGAUCCUCAAAUUGCAAUGCUGUUGCAGCGUAACGACGCUCAGACGCAGGGAAGUACAGUGUGGGCUGUAUUUGCGCCACAGAAUAGCUGGAUUUUCAAGGCAAGAAGCGAGAGAGAUAAGGUGGAAUGGAUCUUGAAGGUUGACGAGAGUUAUUUCUCAAGUGGAGGUAGUGGGAGUGGCGAUGAUUGAUCAGUCAAAGUUUCUUUUGUAUAAUGCGUGACGAGAAUGCUGUCGUGAGCAUGAAGCUGCUUCACAUUGUAAAUAGACCUCAGCUUUUUUGAGCAGCCGCCCUUAGAUACCCCAGAUCGGCCUAAAUUUGAGAUAUGGCGUAGCGGGCGGCCUUGAAUGCAUUCAACGCCCAUUCAUUUGUCCACGUCUUUGCUUUCAGCUAGUCCUAGCAGACCGAUCGACGGGACAAUUGAUGAAUGAAUCAACGUUACAAA